AGGAGCUCUCCACACGGCUUGUCCUUUUACCUCCAGUAUCAUUCCGUCUCGCAGACGUGCAUCUUGUAGCAGCUACAAGCCUCUUACCUCACAAAGAUGUUUCGUUUACCAACCAUCAUGAAGCAGGUGAGGCCUGUGUGCCGGGCGCUGGCGCCUCACCUCACACGAGCCUACGCUAAGGAUGUGAAGUUUGGAGCGGAUGCUCGUGCCCUAAUGCUGCAGGGAGUGGACCUGCUGGCUGACGCUGUGGCUGUCACCAUGGGCCCAAAGGGUCGCAAUGUCAUCAUCGAGCAGAGCUGGGGCAGCCCCAAGGUCACCAAGGACGGCGUGACGGUGGCCAAGAGCAUCGACCUGAAGGACAAGUACAAGAACAUCGGUGCCAAGCUGGUGCAGGACGUGGCCAACAACACCAACGAGGAGGCCGGUGACGGCACCACCACCGCCACAGUGCUGGCUCGGGCCAUCGCCAAGGAGGGCUUCGACACCAUCAGCAAAGGCGCCAACCCCGUGGAGAUCCGCCGGGGGGUCAUGAUGGCCGUAGAAACCGUCAUCAAAGAGCUGAAAAAUCUCUCCAAGCCAGUCACGACCCCCGAGGAGAUCGCACAGGUUGCUACAAUCUCAGCCAAUGGAGACGUGGAGAUUGGUACCCUAAUUUCCAACGCCAUGAAGAAAGUCGGCCGCAAGGGAGUCAUCACCGUCAAGGAUGGGAAGACCCUGCACGAUGAGCUGGAGAUCAUUGAGGGCAUGAAGUUUGACCGUGGUUACAUCUCCCCUUACUUCAUCAACACUGCCAAAGGUCAGAAGGUUGAGUUCCAGGACGCCUACCUGCUGCUGAGCGAGAAGAAGAUCUCCAGCGUCCAGAGCAUCGUUCCAGCCCUGGAGAUCGCCAACCAGCACCGCAAACCGCUGGUUAUUGUGGCUGAGGAUGUGGACGGAGAGGCCCUCAGCACCUUGGUUCUCAACAGGCUCAAGGUGGGGCUUCAGGUGGUGGCUGUUAAAGCUCCAGGAUUUGGAGACAACAGGAAGAAUCAGCUAAGAGACAUGGCCGUCGCCACCGGGGGCACUGUGUUUGGAGAUGACGCAGUAGGUCUGGCUCUUGAAGACAUCCAGGCUCACGACUUUGGCAAGAUCGGUGAGGUGCAGAUUACCAAAGAUGACACCUUGCUGCUGAGGGGAGGCGGCAGCCCCGCGGAGGUCGAGAAGCGUGCGGCAGAGAUCGUCGAGAUGCUGGAGAGCACCACCAGUGACUACGAGAAGGAGAAGCUCAACGAGAGGCUGGCCAAGCUGUCCGACGGAGUGGCGGUGCUCAAGAUCGGAGGAACGAGUGACGUGGAGGUGAACGAGAAGAAGGACCGCGUGACAGACGCUCUGAACGCCACACGGGCUGCGGUGGAGGAGGGCAUCGUGCCAGGCGGGGGCUGCGCCCUGCUGCGCUGCAUCCCAAGCCUUGACACCGUCAAAACUGUCAAUGCUGACCAGAAGAUAGGUGUGGAGAUCAUCAGACGGGCGCUCCGUAUCCCCGCCAUGACCAUCGCUAAGAAUGCGGGUGUGGAGGGUUCACUAGUGGUGGAGACGAUCCUGCGGGGGUCAGCUGAGCUCGGCUACGACGCCAUGCUGGGAGAGUACGUCAACAUGGUGGAGAAGGGCAUCAUCGACCCCACCAAGGUGGUGAGAACGGCCCUGAUGGACGCCGCAGGAGUCGCCUCCCUGCUCUCCACUGCCGAGUGCGUCGUCACGGAGCUACCCAAGGAGGAGAAGGAGAUGCCAGCGGGGGGCAUGGGCGGCAUGGGGGGCAUGGGCGGUAUGGGGGGCAUGGGUUUCUAAGCCAAUCCUCCUGACUUCCUGUACAGACUUAUAUAGGCAGAGUGGUGCUGGGGGGGGCGGUGUCUGAGGAAAAAAUCCUACAAGAAAACUGCACCCACCUCCACCAAGCUUUGCCCAAACUGACUGGCCAUGAUGAGUAUGUUGGAGCUGCCCCCCCCGCCCGCCCACGACUUCCCACGCCUCCCUCCCAUCUCUUCGUCUAGGGUUUCUGGAGGAGUCGGCCUCACCCGACGCAAAGUAAAUAAUCAGCGAAUGAGAGUCCAUCAAACCCAGUUACUACACCUCUGCUCUAUCUAACGGCUGGAACACUCGACAGAAAGAUGCUUCUCCAGAUUUCCGUACAGUUGUCAUCUCUGUAAAGUGAUUAUUAAAGUGGUCUAAGAACAUAGUAAACAUAUUGUUGAUGCUCUGCAUUACUGUAAGCACCAGAGAAGAUGCCUAGCCAGGAUCGUGUCAGUGUCCUUUCACUUUUGUCAUAGUAUUUUGUUAAUUCUUGUUUUUUUUAUAUAUAUAUAUUAAUCUGUUUUUGUUCCCCCCACCUAGCUAACAUUAUGUGAGUUAAAAUCUCUCAUUCGAUUUAAUUAAACCGAUUUUUCAUACCGAGCUUUUUGAGGAUUUUCUGUCUCUGAAGUGACGUUACAUUGCAUGUCCUUGUACGUGACCACAAUUGGGUGAAGAGUGCCUAAAUUACCAGAGUUGGGAGUAUCACCAGGGGCCUGUUUAACAUUUUUUACAAUAACGUUUACGGAGAGGUCUGUGGUCAUCGUUUUCAUGCAUGCAGCGUUGUGAGUUUUUUUUUUUUUCAGAUCAUCAGCCUUUACGUUGUCGAUGAUCUCCGUGGGGUCGGUUGAUUGAUUUCCUAAUAAAUGGCUGAUUGAAUGUGAGGGGUGGGGCUCAGCUUACAAAGCAGUUUUUGGACCAUUCAAGGUCUUGGCUACAAAGUCUAAAUGUGAAAACGUGUGCUGUUAAACAUUGACCUUCAUUUCUCCCCUCGUAACGCUCUGCUUUAACCAGAAAAAACUACAGUAACUAGAUAUUUUACUGACCGAACGCAGGAUAUUAGUCCUUUGCAAAACGGCAAAUAGCAGUGAUCAUUCAACUUCUGUUUUGUACAAUGUAGACAAUGAUUGAUGGUGA